AUGGAUCUUGUCGAUCUAGGAAUAAAUGUGUCAAUAGACAUGAAAAGCUGUCACGUACCACCCGUCAACAAGUUCAGCAAACAACCACCACCGAGUCCACCAUCAAAUUUAAAAGCGCUAAGAAAUGAGAAUGCCAAACUAAAUGGAAAAAUUGUUACACUCCAAAAAUCAACAAGUACGCUAACUCGACAAUUAAAAGAGGAAAAAUAUAAAAAUGCUAAGCUUACUGAGGAAUUAAAUAUUGCGCUGUUGGAUAAUGACGAUUACCAGUGCUGUAUUUGUCUUCAAGUAUUCAUAAGGCCAUCAUUGCUUAGUUGCUCACACAUGUUUUGUGAAUAUUGCAUUGACAAAUGGUUAGAGAAAUCUAAUCAUUGUCCAACAUGUCGGGUUUUGAUAGUCACUAUUACAUACUGUUUAAAUAUGAACAAUUUCAUUCAAAAUAGGAUGCAACUGAUGCCAGAUAAAAUUAGAUUGGCGUUCAGGAACUUGGAAGUAGCUCGAGCUAAGGAAAUCAAGUAAUAAAGUAUACAAAUUCAAGCUGAGCGUAGGCGACUUGAGUUUAUAACUAUGAGAUUAAAUCAACAUCGUCCAAGCUAA